AUGGGGGAGCUUAUAAAGGCGGGGCGUCAGUAUGGGUUAACUGCAGCUCAGCUCGCUCUUACUUGGGUGUACUCGCGGCCCUUUGUAGCCUCCACCAUCAUUGGCCCCAGGACAAUAGGACAGCUGCGAGAAAGUGUGAGGACACAGAACUACGCGUUAGACCCAGCAUUGGAGCAGCAUCUGCAUGAGCUGUAUCUACACUACCCAGCACCCACCAUGGGUGGUCCGCAGCUGCUGAGCCACCUGCCAGACCCAGAGGGAAAGGUGCAGCCCCCUCUCUCUCAAUCAGAUUAUAUGAAAUGGGGAAAGCAACCUAUAUGGAGCGGAGGAACAUACUGGGACAACUGGCAUGAAGUCAGAGGAGCUGCCGGUGCCCUCGAUGACCCCUCUGAUGAAGGUGUUAUUAAUCUACGGCUGUGGAGAGAAAGGCUAGAUGAAGGUCUCCCGGGAGAAUAUUUUGCUGUGAAAGAGCAGAAGUUGUUCGGCUGGGAUACCCACACUGUAGAUGGGGAGUCACUCAGGCCGAUGACACCCGAUGAGAGAAGGGCUGAGCAUCAUAUGGACUGGCACUUGUGCUGGAAGGGCGGAAAGGUUCAACAAGUGCCCACAACUGACGCGAUGAGGGCUUUCUAUGACAACCGGAAAGCUGUAAGCGAAGUGAUUCACAGGAACUUUGAGGCUUUCAAGGAUCUGACUAUACACCGCGAACGGCUGGGGAAACUCGUACCCGAGCUCUGGAACCGGUGGGAUUAUGACCUCAUUGCAAAGAAAUGUCAGGAGAAACAUGGCAUUAACAUCUAUGAUCCAAAGCAUGAAGUCAGAGGAGCUGCCGGUGCCCUCGAUGACCCCUCUGAUGAGGGUGUUAUUAAUCUACGGCUGUGGAGAGAAAGGCUAGAUGAAGGUCUCCCGGGAGAAUAUUUUGCUGUGAAAGAGCAGAAGUUGUUCGGCUGGGAUACCCACACUGUAGAUGGGGAGUCACUCAGGCCGAUGACACCCGAUGAGAGAAGGGCUGAGCAUCAUAUGGACUGGCACUUGUGCUGGAAGGGCGGAAAGGUAUGUGAUUUUAAAGAGAAAUUUGUUUCCACUCAGCAGCAGCAGCAGCAGCAGCAGCAACAGCAGCAGCAACAGCAGCAGCAGGAACAGCAGCAGGAACAGCCGCAGCAACAGCAGCAGCAUCAACAGCAGCAGCAGCGCAAUUAG